AAGAAAAACGAUUCAACAUGCAAGAACAAGAAAUGUCACAACAGGCCCAUCAGCCCCCAUACACACCAAUAAUUUAUGAUGAAAUUGCAGCCCAAUUCGCGCAAACGCUUGAAAGCUCAUUCUCCUACCUUCGUGAAGACUUGGAUCACCUGAUAAUUCUUGGUGCAUAUGGGGGGGACUACAUGAUAUCACCGGAAUCUGGGAGCCACUUCAAUGAAAUCAAAACAGUGGUUUUGCCAUGCUUAUCUAGAAGCCUUCGGCAAAUGCAAGACCUGCUCACGAGUCCUAGCUAUUAUCAAGGGGGCAAAGAUCCAGAUUAUCAAACCGGCGCAAAACUCCUCAAGGAAGUCGAACAUACUACAGAUCGAUUAAUGCACUUGAACCAAUCCCUUUUACUCCAGGGUCAACCUAGAUAUUUUCGGGGGGACUGGGACAUGAAUGCCUAUAGAUGCCGAGCUAUGCAAUUGAGUAUCGUAGAUAUCCUCCGAAAAACAGCAGAAAUUCUCCGAAGAACGGCACAAAUUCCUUGCUAUCAUCGCUAUCUCCUCUCACAGAGUGCGACUCUCACUAUGAAGAAACGUGAUAUGGAGGAACUAUCUCAGAUAACUUACCACCAAACUCACCUCAUGCUCAACAGCAUUGAUAAUAUCAUCAGAUCGUUUGAACCAUCGGAUCUCGAGCUACUUGGAGAUCGAUGCCGACAAGUGGUUCAAAAAAUUGAAUCUGAAAUUGCGCAUCAGGUGAAAGACUCGAUCGCGCGGGCGAGAAUGCAUAUCCCAUCAUCCCAGGACGCUCUCACAAUUAUCAAACUAACGAGACUCUUUCUCAACAAGCUAUCUAAAGCAACCAAUGGUAUACCUCACCCAUUACCACUCAUGAGUUCGGAUCAGCUGCUCGCCCUCAUCAAGGCUACAGACCAUCUCGAUGACAGUCUCCGUAUGUUUUCCAUCCCCACCGAACAAGGCCCUGAUCCAAAAAAGGCCUACAAUCUUUUGACGCAGGUUCUAUCUGCGAUCAAAAUUUUGACGGACCAUUCCGGUCGACAAGGACCAAGCCCCGAGUCGCCCUACGAUUUACCUAGAAAAUGUUGUGAAUGGUAUCAACUUUUCAGCCAUCAACUCUCCGCAGUAGUCACACGACUCUGGCUUCGCAUCUGAUCCAUUUUUCCACGUGUGUACGGAAAGGCCGAUUUUACAGCGAACGAGCGGAUUGGUACAUGGGAACUGAGGCUCCGUUUGGCAGUGCAUUAUAUCAUAAGAAAAAAUAUGUAAAUCCGGAUAAUCAGAAUAAGGUUGAAAAACCGUAAACCAAUUAUCACAAAGC